CUAUCAUCGACCUAUCGAUAAAUUCAAAACCAUCAAACGUUGGGGUCUCGAGCAGCUGGUUGGUUUUACUUCAAAGCUGACAUUUGAACAGAUUAGACGCAUUGUGGUUAGGCCACAUUCAGCAAAAAACAUGUCGAACACCACAAUACGCCCAAUACCCACAUUAAAGGGCAUGUUUUCGGUGCCGCGCGUCACACCGGGACGUAAUUUUCUAAAGGAAAACAAAAAGAGCCUACGUUCCCUAGAAAAGGCAACUACAGAGAAGCUUGCUGCUAAGGAACCAGUGCGUCCCAAAUGGAUGCCGCCCCUACUGCGCACUCCGUCCGAGGCACGCGAACGUGAGUCGAAGAAGUGCGAAACCGAAAGAUUGUCUUCAAGGAAUGUUGACGAAGAGGUGUGUUUAUUGCGCAGCCACAGCAACUCCCUUUCGCAGCAGUGCCUGGACAAGCCACAACCGGACGAACAAGAGUCUUGCGCACCCCCCGAAAAACGUGAAAUUCAAAAGGAGAAGAAGGUUCGCCCAAAAGCGCAGCCAGUUCAGACAUCAUCGAACCGCUGUCAGUCAUGUAAUGCCGAACGCAGCUCCACAAGCAUUGGCAUACAGACAGAGGACAUAAAGGAUGAGCUUUACCUUACCAAUGCACUUAAAAAGUGCAACAUUGAUGCCAAGACGGUUUUAGGCGAGGAACGCAAUUUAUGCAUUGAUCCCGACCUCGACUACGAUAACAACUACGGAAGCUACAGUCAAUACCAUGAUGAUGAGCAGCCGCUGUCGGCACGCUCCAAACACAGCCUUCUUGAUAUAGAUGACAACGAAACAAUGCCCAUGCCAGAGAUGGACAAUGUAGGUCCCGAUAAUACUGAUGAAGAAGCACCACUGAGUGCACGCAGUCGCGAAACAAUUGCUACGGUCGCUUCAAAUGCUACGACCAAAUCAAAGCGUCGCGAAUACAAGCUGGGCUCACGCGAUGAUCUACGCCUACCGCGCUAUUUGGAAAAGGAGAAGCGCGAAAAAGCCGAGGCUAAAGAAAUUUUAGACUCACGCGAUCCGGACUGCCCACGCGGUCAUGUAUUGAUGAGUGAACCGGAUCGCCUGGCUGCGCUAGCUACUGCCAAGCAGCGCUUUGACAUGCUCAUUAAUGAGCUUAACCACAUGCCCAUGACCGCCCAGACACUACGCGUGCGUUCUCGCAAGGCUGAGAUUGAUAAGGAGCUGACCGUUGUCGAGGACGAAAUACGCAUUUACUCCAAGCCUAAGGUGUAUGUGAGAGCAGCCAAAUCGCGAAAUCUCUAAUGCACACAAAAUUUCGUUAAUGUUAAAUGAAACAAAAAGAAUCUCCCACUCGUAAAAAUAGAAAAUCGAACGCUUUCAACCAACAGGAAAUAUCGCCUGGAACAAUAUUCCCAACUAUAUGACUAUUGGAGCACUUGGACCAAACCUAAUCUUUUAUGUGUUCGUUCAAAGUAUUUAUAUUUUUUAAGUGAGCAUCAAAAAAAAAUAUGAAAAAAAUGAAAUAACUAGAAUGUCAAAACCCCAGACACUAAACUAAAAAA